GUUAGAGGCCGCCGGAAACAAAACCCGACUCCAGUCAAAGCAAGUUGUUAAACCGAGGCUACGUCUCGCUAACCCCGGCUUCUUUUUUCACUUUUGAUUUGAAAUACAAUCGAUUCCGACUGUGAAGAUUUCAAAGUGAAGAUGGGGGUUCCGAAAUUUUACCGAUGGAUCUCGGAGCGCUACCCGUGUCUCAGUGAAGUUGUCAAGGAACAUCAGAUCCCAGAGUUUGAUAAUCUCUAUCUGGACAUGAAUGGGAUUAUCCACCAGUGUUCCCACCCAAACGACGAGGAUGUUCACUUUCGCAUUUCUGAGGAAAAGAUUUUUGCAGACAUCUUCCACUACCUGGAGGUGCUGUUCAGGAUCAUCAAGCCUCGCAAGGUCUUCUUCAUGGCUGUGGAUGGUGUGGCACCAAGGGCGAAGAUGAACCAGCAGAGAGGGAGGAGAUUCAGGUCUGCCAAAGAAGCAGAGGAUAAGAUAAAAAAGGCCCUGGACAAAGGAGAGGUCCUUCCUACAGAGGCUCGCUUCGAUUCCAACUGUAUCACUCCUGGUACUGAAUUCAUGGCGAGACUUCAGGAGCAGCUCAAAUAUUUUGUCCACAACAAACUCUCCACUGACAGACUGUGGCAAAAUGUCAGAGUUUACUUGUCUGGUCACGAGACACCAGGGGAAGGAGAACAUAAAAUCAUGGAGUUUAUUCGCUCGGAGAACUCAAAGCCGAGUCAUGACCCCAACACCCGUCACUGCCUUUAUGGCCUGGAUGCCGAUCUGAUAAUGUUGGGUUUAACCAGCCAUGAGCCAAACUUCUCCCUGCUCAGAGAAGAGGUCCGCUUCGGAGGAAAGAAAUCUCAGAAAAGGAUAACAGCUCCAGAGGAGACAACAUUUCACUUACUUCACUUGUCUCUGAUGAGGGAGUACAUCGACUAUGAGUUCUCUCCGCUCAGGAAUCACAUUGGUUCUGAUUAUGAUUUGGAGCGAAUAAUAGACGACUGGAUCCUAAUGGGCUUCCUUGUGGGAAACGAUUUCAUCCCUCAUCUCCCUCAUUUGCACAUCAGCCAUGAUGCUCUGCCACUGUUGUACAAGACCUACAUCAGUGUACUACCCAGUGUGGGAGGUUAUCUGAAUGAGAAUGGCCAUCUAAACCUCAGAAACUUUGAGAAGUACAUGGAGAAGCUUGCAGAGUUUGACCGGGAACAUUUUAGCGAAGUGUUUGUUGACUUGAAGUGGUUUGAGAGUAAAGUCGGUAACAAGUACUUGAAUGAGGCGGCGGGACGAGCAGCAGAGAAGGAAGCUGCUUGCAAACGUAACAAGACUGAGGAUUCUUCCCUCUGCCUGGCAGCUCUGACCUCAUCAGAUGGAAUAACCGGAGGAGGAAAGAUGGCUGACGAUGAAGAAGAGGAGGACGACAUGUUUGAAACGGAGUUCAGACAAUACAAACGCACCUACUAUAUGACCAAGAUGGGCGUGGACGUCGUGUCUGACGAGUUUCUUGCCAAGCAGGCCAAGUGUUACGUGGAAGGCAUCCAGUGGAUUCUUCAUUAUUAUUACCACGGAGUUCAAUCCUGGAGCUGGUACUACCCCUACCACUACGCACCCUUCCUAUCUGACAUCAGAAAUAUCGCUCACCUAAAAUUAACCUUCGACCUUGGAAAACCCUUCAUGCCCUUUGAGCAGCUUUUGGGAGUCCUGCCUGCUGCCAGUGCGGAGCUGCUGCCUCAGGCUUACAGGCACCUGAUGACCAGUGAAAAUUCGACCAUCAUUGAGUACUACCCAGUUGACUUCAAAACAGACCUGAAUGGCAAACAGCAGGAGUGGGAGGCUGUGGUGCUCAUCCCCUUCAUAGAUGAGCGGUGUUUACUAGCAGCCAUGGAGCCCUGCAAUUACAAACUGACUAAAGAGGAAAAAUCCAGGAAUCGACACACGGAGUGUGCCGUCUACUCCUACGACGGCGAGGCUGACUUCACAUACACGUCGUUGCUGCCUCAGCUGUUCCCCGACAUCAUCCACUGCCACGUCAGGUUUACAGACAUCCCCAUGGACGCCUGGGUGGUGCCUUUGGACCAUGUCAGCAGGAGACUGGACCGUUCAGCUCUGUACUUCUGUGGCUUCCCUUCUCUGCAACACAUCAAGCACAAGUUUUAUAAGAAGAAGAGUGGCGUGGUCGUGUUCCAGCAGAGCAGCAGAGGAGAGAACAUGAUGUUGGAGAUCCUUUCCCGAGAUGAAGAAGAGAUGAUAUGUGAUGAUGUCGCUGCACAAGUGCUGGGCAAGUCCGUGUUCGUGAACUGGCCUCAUCUAGAGGAAGCUCGCAUCAUUGCAGUGUCAGACGGAGACACCAAGUUUUAUCUCCAGGAACCAGCGGGCGUCCAGAAAGUGUACGACAGGCCGACGUCUCCCCCUCCCACCAAAGUCACCUGUCUGUCUGACAAGGAGCAGAAGGAGUGGGUGAAAGAUGUCCAGGGAAUCACUGAACAUUACAUGAAAAGGAAAGGCAUCUUGGUGAAUGAGACGUCUGUGGUUUUGUAUGGCCAGCUGCUGACAGGAAGGAAGUUUGUCCCCAAAGCCAAUGGAGCCGUGGAACUCGAGAAGCAGUGGUCCAAACAAGUUCUCCCUUUUGCCCUCCAGACCAUCGUCAAGGACAUCAAGGCCUUCUUCUCUGCACUGACCUGUUUUAAGAGCUUAGACGACCUCUUCCCCCAAGCAACUACGGUCUUCAUGGUGGGAAACCCGUACUACGGUGCCAUGGGAGAGGUGCAGGAUUCCAGCGACGUCAUUAAAGACGGCCGAGUACGUGUCGUCUUUAACGUGCCACACGAGCCGCAGAUGGAGUCCCUGAUCCAGAAUCAGCAUAAAUACUGUGUGAGGUACAGUCCUGGUUACAUUCUGGCGUCUCAUCUCGGCAUUACCAGCUACCUCGUAUCCCGCUUCUCUGGAAGCAUCUUCAUCGGCAGAGGCUCUAAGAAGAAUCCUUGUGGGGAGCAAAAGGCCAACGUUGGCUUGAACCUAAAGUUCAACAAGAAGAAUGAGGAGGUUCCUGGAUACACCAAGAGGACUGAAAAGGAGUGGCUCUACUCUUCUGCUGUGGAGGAACUGCUGGCUGAAUACCUGGAGAGAUUUUCUGAGGUUUUCAACACAGUGGCCAGAAACAGCCACGAUGAUGUUUUCUAUGAAGAUGACAUCUGGCCUGGAGAGGACCAGAAUGGGGCAGAGAAAGUGUCUGAAAUCACGUCAUGGCUGAAAAGUCACCCGGUCAGCUCCAUCAGUAGAACGUCAUGUGAUCUACAGGUGCUGGACACCGCCAUUGUGGAAAAAAUCGAAGAGGCAGUGGAGAAAACUAAGGUGAAGAAGAACACUAAGAAAGUCCGCGUGACCGUUAAGCCUCAUCUGCUCUUCAGGCCGUUGGAGCAGCAGCAGGGUGUGGUUCCAGACCCGGAUGCAGAAUAUCGCCUGUUUGACAGAGUCGUCAACGUCAGGGAGAGUUUCACCGUCCCACUGGGACUCAGGGGAACCGUAGUCGGCAUCAAAGGAGCCGACCGUGAGGCAGAGGUUCUAUAUGAGGUCCUGUUUGAUGAUGAUUUUGCUGGUGGUCUCAGCAUCAGGUGUCCGUCACCGCGCGGUUACCGCCUGCCUCCGUGUGCUCUCAUCAAUCUCUCCCACGGAGCCCGUGCGGAUCACACCUCCCGCAAACUCACCGCCAUCGUCAAACCUCAGCCCGUUGCUGGCGCCAACUUCCACUCACACCGCCAGCUGGCCGGCCUCAACCAUUCACCACGCUCACCUUUCAUACCCACACAGCAUAACAACAAACAUGGCAACAGAAACUCUCCCUCUAAGGGUCCCAUCCUGAAACAACAGGCCAAGAGUAAAGAGGAGUAUGGUAAUGCGUGGCAGACGCUACAGAACGUGGGCCCUCCCAACAAACCUCCUGCUCACUGGCAAAAUCAGGACGGAUACUCGCAGCCAGGGAAGAACCAGCACACACCAUCCAACAAAGCUGCUCCAGUUGGCGGCAUCAGGCUGUUGAAGAAAAACGAAAAUGCAGAGGCCCUUUUCCCACCACACAACACGCCCACUAAGGCUUCGACUGAGUUUGAGGAUCUCAUUGCCAGCCUUAAGAUCUCUAAAGGGAGCCAGCAAACCCCACCUCUUCCCGUUCCUCCACAGGCGCCCACCAGCGAGACCGACGGCCCACUGUCUCCACAGUCCUUCGCCAUGAAGGGAACCAUGGUGCUAAAGGAGAUGCUUAAGAUCGACAGUUCCAGCCCAGGAAGUCCACCUGUCCAGGACACGGCCAACUCCACCCCCUCUGGAGGUCAGCAGCAGAACAGGAGACGAUCGUCCAAGAAACUAGCGGCAAAGAUGAACUCGCCACACGGCGACAUGCCAUUAGCUCCGCCUGCAUCUGCUCCACCCACCAAUCUCCCCAACGCUUUGCUGACCAAUAAAGUGUCAGAGCUGGCUUGUGUCUGUGUGGGCUUAGGCAUGGCACCGCCCGAGUUCAGCGCUAUACGCAACAGACAGGGUCUCGUCGUGUGCCAGGUGAAGCUGUCCAAUGGGUUGAUGGUUCACGGACCACAGUGCCAGUCUGAAAAUGAUGCCAAGGAAAAAGCUGCUUUCUUUGCCCUUCAGAGACUGAACUCAGUUGGAUCGGGCUUCCCGCUCCCACCUCCUCUAUACCCUGCGAUGGGUCACAUACGACCUCCACCAAUGGGAGCCAUGACUCGGGUCUUUAACCAACAAGGAGGUUUACUGUUGCCUCACCAGGGUUACGGUCCUCCCCCCAUGUGGGGAAUGCCGCUGCCUCCGCAUCACCAGAACCAACCGUUUUUUGGAGCGGCGGGAACUUUCCCCGGCGCCGCCCGCCCCCAGCCUGCAGCGACGACUGUGCCCAUCGGCUCACAUAACCAGUUCAUCCCCUUACAGGUCACUAAGAAGCGAGUCUCGGCCAACAAGAAGAACCAGGAAACUCGCGAGUUCUACAGCGCCGCCCACACCGUGGCCAGGAACCAAUCGCAGAAAUGCCAGAACCAGCCGUUUGGCCAGUCACAUGUUCAGAGUGAGCCUCAGAGCGGGCAAGUGGAGCAGCCACACCCUCACGCUGCCAACAGCAGCACCUCCCUGUCCUGUACCAGCCUCGCCGACGGAGCCAUGACGACAGCGGCCCCGCAGACGCCACCCAGACAAAACGUCCCGGCAACGGGCCACACCCCUGGCUCCGCCUCCAAGAGGAGACACAGGAAACUGGCGGUCAACUUUGAGGCUGCUAAAGUCUCUGAAGGCUGAGUGUGCGUGUGUGUAAGUGGACUCAACUGCUCUGAUCAAAUGUGAACGUUGUUUUCGCUCAGUAUUUCAGCAGAAAAACCACUCAAACUCAGCUGUUGUUCUUCUAAACGCCCUCUGAAGUGUUGCUUUCUUAAGCUCACGGUGUGGUCACUGUGAGUUUACAAGUUGCUUAAAGGGAUAGUUUGGUGUUUUUGUUUCCGGACGUUCUCCUGGUGUUGUUCAGCAUGUGUGAAAAGGAAUUUUCCAAUUUUUGUCUAAAAUGACUUUAAGUAUCCAUCAUUCAAUGAUUGACUCAAUUAUUUAACAUUGUAAAUCAUGGGUUUACACAAACAUAAUUUCCUGUUUUACUGUGUAAACACAAGUGAAAGAAAAUACAGGUUUGAGAACACCUGCACCAAAC